ACAGAGCAAGACAGGGAUAGAGACAGACAUAGAGAGGUACGAGAGAGGAAAGGGAGGACAGAAAAGGUGAGAGACCAUGAGAUGCAACAGAAAUUCAGCAGAAAUACUGAUGCCGUUUGGGUGUGCUUCAGAGGAAAAGCAGAGGAAAAGCAGGAGAAAAGCCAAAGGGGAAGUUAAAAAGAACUAGAAAAAAGUGGAGAGAAGAAAGAAAGGGAGUACAGCCAACUGGCAUAGUUUGAGUUAUUCGCCUCAGCUCUAAAAGUCUCAGGCUGCCCAGACUCCAAACCACACGGACUGAGGUCCUCUCUGCUCUCUCAACUAACACUGCAGUAUGGACGCUCUCUAAAAGGACUAAAGUUGGAUUCAGUGAGACCAAAAGUGCAGCACAGUCAGAGCAAUUGCUUAGUCUUAGGAAGGAUUUUGUAUCUGUUCAUCCUCCCUGAUGCUUCCUAGCACCGUCGCAAUUAUUUUAGUAUCUUACAUUAAGAGCCAGAACUACGGUACAAUGGGCCUGCACAAUGGAGUAUGAUAUUGACUUCUACAAACACUUUGCCUGGCUUAAGAAGGUAAACCUCCAUUCAACUGGCAAUAGUGAGUCCUACCAGGAGCGGUUAUCACGUCUGGAGGGAGACAAAGAGUCACUUAUUCUGCAGGUGAGCGUGCUGACAGACCAGGUGGAAGCUCAGGGGGCCAAAAUCAGCGAUCUACAGAACUCUCUGGUGGAGCAUCAGCACAAACUCAACUCCACUGAGGAGAUGCUACAGCAGGAGUUCCUGCAUAGGACGUCACUGGAGAACCAGAAGCUGAGUCUUAUGGGGGAGGUGUCCUACCUGAAACUAAAGCUGGCAGACAUGGAGGGAAAACAGGGCCAUGGGGCCGAAAGGCAGCACAAAGCAGAGACUGUAGUGAAUUUCAUUAGUGAGCUGCAGGAGCAGAUGUGUAGGUUUCAGGAGGAGAUCAAUAGCAAGAUUCAGGAGAAAAAGGCUUUGGAGAUCCCAACUGAGAGCAGCUCUCCUGUGGCCUGCCCCACGGAGUCCACUGAGGGCGAGGGAUCAAACACCGGACCGUCUUGUGACAGAACUUCAGAAGGGAUGAACAAACUAGAAGAGACUCCAGAUGGGCCUGAUGGGAACAAACACACCCUGGAAGAGGGUAGCUCAGAGCAGCAGAACCACUGUGGAGAAGAAAGUGGCUUACUGAAAGAGCUCAGGACUCUCAAGGACAAAGUGGACAACCUGGAGGAUCAGAAGUCCCAGUAUGAGAAGAAACUCCAAGCCACAAAGGCAGAGAUCAGCAGCCUUCAGCAGCUUCUGCUCAGUAAGAACGCUGAGAUCGAGAGCUUGCACACUCAGCUGUUGGCCAGACCCUCUCUAUCCCUUGAGAGCCCGGAGAGAGAUCAGGAGCUGCAGAGGCUAAGGAGUGGAAUGAAAUCACUGGUGUCUGCCAAUGAUGAAAAGGAUCGACGCAUUGAAGAGCUCACUCUGCUCCUGAAUCAGUGCAAGCAAUUCAGAGAGGUCACUCACACCGCACAGCAAGCUCCACCUGCUGUUCGGUCAUUGUCAAAUGGCAGGACUCCUUCAAGCAGCAGUGAGGAAGAGGAGCAUGUACUGAUGAAAAAUACUGACUCUGCCAGUGUAAAAUCUGUGGAUGUCAAGUCUGAAGUUUCAACAAGCAGUUCUUCCUCCCAACAAACAUCUGUAUCAUCAGCCCAGAAGGACAGUGAUUCCAGAACGGACCCGCCAACUUUAUCAAGUAGCAUGAACGACCUAAAAAUUGGACCUUUACAAAAGAUUGGUCUGGAUGACACCAGAAGUCAGACGCUGCCUGUGAAUUCCUCUCUGUCGGAGCAGAACGGGAGCGGAGACAGCAGCAGUGAAAUCCAAAGUCAAAGGUCUCCAGAUGGGAGCGAAGAUGGAGACUCCAGCCAAAGAAAGUUGGAGAAAGCCGAUGACAGCAAUUCAAGCGAUAAUUCUCCCGUUCAUUCGGCAGAGAACACACAGCCUGGCCAAAGAGCUGUGGGCUCACCAGAAUACAUGAAGAAUAACAGGAGCUUAAAGAGGCUCUGGGGAAAACUUCGGAGAACCCAGUCAGGAGGACUGCAGGCAGGCGAUCCAGACGGCGGUCCGUUUAGAAGAGGGGGUCUGCGUGCGACAGCUGGACCCAGACUGACCAGGACCCCUGAGUCUUAUGACCCAGCACGUGAUCUGAAUAUUCCAUUCAGCCAAUGGACCAAAGAGCAGGUGUGUGGCUGGCUGGAGGACUAUGGGCUGGGCCAGUAUGUUAAUCUCACCCGGCAGUGGGUCGAACACGGACAGACGCUACUGUCGGCCACACCUCAGGACUUUGAGAAGGAGAUGGGUAUGAAGAACCCGCUGCACAGGAAGAAGUUACAUCUUGCUCUCAAGGCCUUCACCACAAAGGUUAUUGAGAAAUCUUCAGAGCUGGACUACAUCUGGGUCACACGCUGGUUGGAUGAUAUAGGUUUGCCUCAGUAUAAAGACCAUUUCCAUGAAGCCCGGGUGGAUGGUCGAAUGAUACAAUACCUCACAGUGAAUGACCUCUUGACUCUGAAGGUCACCAGCCAGCUUCAUCAUCUCAGUAUUAAAUGUGCCAUCCAUGUCCUUCAUGUCAACAAGUUCAACCCCCACUGCCUUCGACGUAGGCCAGGAGAAGAGAAAAAUCCCUCACCCUCCGAGGUGGUGCAGUGGUCAAACCACCGUGUGAUGGAGUGGCUGAGAGCAGUGGAGCUAGCCGAGUAUGCUCCUAAUCUAAGAGGCAGCGGUGUACAUGGUGGGCUUAUUAUACUUGAGCCUCGCUUCAGCUCAGAGACUUUGGCACUGCUGUUGAAUAUUCCUCCACAGAAGACUUUGCUCCGGCGCCACCUAGCCACUGCCUUUGCUGCCCUGGUGGGGCAUCAGGCCACACAGGAGAAACGAGAGUAUGGCAAUGCCACAGGCCAUGUACCCCUCACUACCACUGCUAAAGUAAAGCCUAAGAAGCUGGGAUUCACCCAAUUCAGUCACCUCAGAAAAAGAAAACCUGAUGAAUCUGCGGACUAUAUCUGUCCUAUAGAUAGUGGAGCACUGACAGUAAAUGGGGUUUCUCGCCUGCCCUCUUCAUCAAUCAGGGGCCUUAGCCCCACCUUGGACAGACAAGCUGAGAGGCAGGAGCGAGUGGGUGUAAAAGCUCAGGCUAAUGGCCAUAAAGAAUAAUUUCAAGUACAGCACACUCCCCUCUCAGUCACUAAGUGACUUUGUAAAUAAGUGGAAAUCUGAUGCAGAAAUGUACCUGCGAUGAACCCAUGUGAGGACUUUCUGGAUGGCUGCACAAAGCAGUGUUGUUAAUGUAUUGUGUCAAUAGUUAUAUGAAAGCUGCUCUCUGCAUUCCUUAUACAGUUGGAUUCCAAAGCUUCUACUUUGCUUUAAAAUAAUGCAUUUUUCUGUCCAUUGUGUAUGUAAUCUUCUGCAGAUUUACAUUGAUGACCUUUUCUUGUUAUAGACCGCACAAAGCAAUUGAUGACCCCGGUUACUUUAAGAAUGUCUCUUGUUCAUAUUCUGUAAGACUGACAAAAAAAAUGUCUUACUUAUUAUUCUUGUGCACCUUUAAAUAUGGUUUGUUUGUACAAGAUUCUCAUAUGCUACAUUAUUUCAUACAAUCAUAUGCUUUACUAUAAUAAACAUAAGGUUGACAGUCUUUGUAGCAUUUUUGGAGAAGAUCAAAGGUAACGUUUUUUUGUUUCCCCAUCUCAUCUGGUGCUUAGCUGCUUACUGCCUCUGAACGUCUUGGUCAUUUUUUAUUUGGCUUAAUUAUAUCAUACAGUACUCAUGUGACCUAUAGGGAAAGUUUUCAAAUGUAUGUUUUUUUUUCCCAUGAAGGUAUCAACCUCUGUGCUGUAUAUUUCAUUAUAGUGAAAUAUGAAGGUCCUUAGAAUGGAUCUUUACAUUUGAAUGGGCUAGAAUUGGUUCAAGACUGCCUUCUAUUGGUCACAAAUAAAAAUGCAAGAACAAUUGCCA